GCCAUCCCUCCAGUCACGUUGGAAGCUCUUAUUGAAUGCCCGUUGGCUGCUUCUCCUCCCAUUCCGUGGCUCCCCGCCGACGGCGCCCUCAGCUUCUUCGUUCCCCGCGCCCGCAAGCAAGCUUCCAUCGGGGAAGUACCCAAUGGAGGUCAGAGCUCGAGCCCCCGGUAAGAUCAUCCUCUCCGGCGAGCACGCCGUCGUCCACGGAUCCACCGCCGUUGCUGCCGCCAUCGAUCUCUAUACCUAUGCCUCCUUUUGCCUCGCUCCCACCUCCUCAGAGAAUGAUGAUGGAGCAAUUGAAUUUGAGCUGAAAGAUUUGAGUUUGGUGUUUUCUUGGCCAUUAUCGAGGUUAAAGGAAGUGCUGGAGGAGAAGAUUAGCCCGGUUCCUUCAUCUCCAAGGUCAUGCUCGAUGGAGUGUACGAGAUUGAUAACUCGCCUAGUUGAGCAGCAAAACAUUCCGGAAGCUAAAAUUUGGCUUUAUUCAGGGGUUUCGGCGUUCCUCUAUCUCUACACUUCAAUCCAAGGUUUUAAGCCUGGGAAAGUGGUUGUCACCUCAGAACUUCCGAUGGCCUCUGGUUUGGGUUCGUCUGCCUCAUUCUGCGUUUCUCUCUCAGCAGCUCUGCUGAUACUUUCUGGUGCCAUUUCCAUUAACAACCUGCAAAAUGAGUGGUUUACGUUAAAGGUGAGUGAGCUCGAGCUGGUGAACAAAUGGGCAUUUGAAGGUGAAAAGAUUUUACAUGGGAGGCCUUCUGGGAUUGACAACACUGUGAGCACUUACGGCAAAAUGAUCAAGUUCAGGUUGGGCGAGUUGGCUCACAUCAAAUCUAGUGGACCUCUUAGAAUGCUCAUCACUAAUACAAAGGUUGGAAGGAAUACAAAGGCUUUGGUUGCUGGCGUAUCUGAAAGAGCCUCUAGGCAUUCGGAUGCUAUGGCUGCUGUGUUUACUGCAGUUGAUUCUAUUAGUAAGGAGCUCGCAACCAUCAUAGAGUCACCUGAUCCAGAUGAUGUAUCUGUCACCUCAAAGGAAGAGAGGAUAGAAGAGCUAAUAGAAAUGAACCAAGGUUUACUUCAGUGCAUGGGAGUCAGCCAUGCUUCUAUAGAAACUGUGCUUCGAACAACACUAAAGUAUAAGUUAGCAUCCAAGCUUACCGGAGCUGGUGGUGGAGGUUGUGUUUUGACUUUGCUGCCUACAUUACUAUCUAGCACGAUUGUGGAUAAAGUCAUUGCUGAGCUUGAGUCAUGUGGAUUUCAAUGCUUGAAAGCUGAAGUUGGAGGGAAAGGUCUAGAAAUCUGUCUAAGUUGAUAUCUUCAUCUUUCAGACCAGCAAUGUAUCAUGCUAGUAAUUUGCACUAGUUAUUAUGUUGGAAUUUUGUUAUGCAAUAAAUCUAAGAGAGGAUUUGAUUUAAUCUUCUGCUACAA